CACACCUAUGCAGUUAUGAUUCAUUUUUGAGAUAAACAAUAGGGUGAAUUUAUUUUUCUUUUAGUCAGAAUUUAGUAAUAAACUAACCUCGUUUAGUAGUGACUCGCUCUAUCGAAUUACGUUUUAUUUUGUAUAUAGCUAAGGCUCAAUUAAAAAUGAUGACUGACCGUUUCGGUUUAAAAUGGGACCCGAAAAACUUAGAGAUAAGAACCAUGUCUGUGGAAAAGACAUUGGAACCCCUAGUGCUUCAAGUUACCACCCUCGUCAAUACAAAGGGGCCUAGUAAAAAGAAGAAAGGAAAGUCUAAACGUGCCAAUGCUCUGGUUAGUACUGUGGAAAAAGCUACCGAAAACUUCAUAGAAAAGGGGGAGCAGAUAGCCUAUGAGAACCCAGAUAUUACUGAGGAAAUGUUAGCAGCUGUUGACGAAGUCAAGAAAACUGGACAUGCUAUGAGUGGGGCUGCAAGAGAAUUUUCAGAAGACCCAUGCUCUUCUUUAAAAAGAGGAAAUAUGGUUAGGGCUGCUAGAAAUCUUUUAUCUGCUGUAACUCGUCUUCUAAUUCUAGCGGACAUGGUUGAUGUCCAUCUUUUGCUCAAAUCCUUACAUGUAGUUGAGGAUGACCUUGAAAAACUAAAAAAUGCUUCAAGUAAUGGCGAACUUUUAGACAAUAUUAAAGCCUUUGGUCAAAAUGCCAACGAAUUAAUGAAUCAGGCUGCUAAACGGCAGCAAGAACUGAAAGAUCCACAACUUCGUGAUGAUUUAGCAGCUGCUAGAGCUGUACUUAAGAAACAUUCCACUAUGUUAUUAACUGCAUCUAAGGUUUAUGUACGUCAUCCAGAAUUAGCAGCUGCCAAAGCAAAUAGAGAUUAUGUUUUAAAACAAGUCUGUGAAGCUGUGAAUACUAUUAAUGAUGUAGCUCAGGGAAGAACUCCUCAACCUGCUUCUGGACCAUAUGAUGGGCCUGGAGAGUUGGCUGCUGCUUUGGAUGAUUUUGAUGAUCACAUGGUAAUGGAGCCUCUAGCAUACAAUGAAGUUCACACCAGACCUUCAUUGGAAGAACGUCUAGAAAGCAUUAUAAGUGGUGCAGCCCUUAUGGCAGAUUCCAGUUGUACUAGGGAUGAAAGAAGGGAAAGGAUAGUUGCAGAGUGUAAUGCUGUAAGACAAGCUCUGCAAGACUUGUUGACUGAAUAUAUGACAAAUAUGGGCAAUAAAGAUAAAAGUGAGAGCCUAGUAAGAGCAAUCGACAAUAUGGGUAGAAAGACUAAGGAUUUAAGAAGACAACUCAGAAAAGCUGUUGUAGAUCAUGUAUCUGACAGUUUCUUGGAAACCAAUGUACCUCUUCUCGUUUUAAUAAAGGCAGCUCAAAAUGGCAACGAAAAGGAGGUAGAAGAAUAUGCAGUUGUAUUUACUGAACAUUCCAAUAAGUUAGUAGAAGUUGCUAACCUUGUCUGCAGCAUGUCUAAUAAUGAAGAUGGCGUCAAAAUGGUUAGGUAUGCUGCUGCUCAGAUUGACAAUCUGUGUCCUGAAGUAAUAAAUGCAGCUAGAAUUUUAGCUGCUAGGCCUCGCAGUAAAGUUGCUCAAGAAAAUAUGGACGCAUUCAAGCAGUCAUGGGAGAAUCAAGUUAGACUUCUGACUGAAGCAGUCGAUGACAUUACUACUAUCGAUGACUUUUUGGCUGUUUCUGAAAACCAUAUUCUGGAAGAUGUUAAUAAAUGUGUACUUGCGUUGCAAGAAGGUGAUUCCGACACAUUGGAUCGCACUGCCAGUGGUAUAAGAGGAAGAUCCAAUAGGGUAUGCAAUGUAGUAACAGCUGAAAUGGAUAAUUAUGAACCUUGCAUUUAUACAAAACGUGUUCUGGAAGCUGUCAAAGUAUUAAAUGACCAAGUCAUGCCCAAGUUUACUCAAAGAGUGCAAGUUGCAGUCCAAGCUUUGGGAAAUAGUCCUCCCAAAGAAGUGGAUGAAAACGAUUUUAUCGAUGCUUCUAGACUUGUUUACGAUGGAGUAAGGGAAAUAAGAAGAGCCGUUUUAAUGAAUAGAGCCGAUGAAGAUUUAGAUCCAGAAGAUGUUGAAUUGGAUGAAAACUAUCUGAUAGAAACAAGAAGCAAAUCGAGUGCUCACACAGGCGAACAUGGAGUUGAUGAGUAUCCAGAUAUUAGUGGAAUUACAACCGCUAGGGAAGCUAUGGGUAAAAUGCCGGAAGAAGAUAAACAAAAGAUUUUGCAACAGGUCGAGUUCUUCAGGAGUGAAAAACUCAAGUUUGAUCGUGAAGUUGCUAAAUGGGACGACACUGGCAACGACAUUAUCGUUCUUGCCAAGCACAUGUGUAUGAUUAUGAUGGAAAUGACAGAUUUUACCAGGGGUCGUGGCCCUCUAAAAACCACCAUGGACGUUAUUAAUGCGGCUAAAAAGAUUUCCGAAGCUGGAACCAAAUUAGAUAAACUUACUCGUCAAAUAGCCGAACAGUGCCCAGAGAGUUCCACCAAAAAAGAUUUGUUGGCUUAUUUGCAACGUAUUGCUCUCUACUGCCACCAGAUGAACAUUACAUCGAAGGUCAAAGCGGAUGUUCAAAACAUCAGUGGAGAACUUAUUGUGUCUGGGGGAUUAAAGGAUGGGCCGACUAGGAUGGCUUUGGAUAGUGCUACGUCUUUGAUUCAAGCUGCUAAGAACUUGAUGAAUGCUGUAGUUCUCACAGUAAAAGCAUCAUACGUGGCAUCCACCAAAUACCCAAGACAAGGAACUAUCGCAUCGCCAAUCGUCGUUUGGAAGAUGAAAGCGCCAGAGAAGAAGCCGUUAGUCAGACCAGAGAAACCAGAAGAAGUUCGUGCCAAAGUACGCAAAGGCUCACAAAAGAAAGUUCAAAAUCCAAUUCACGCUCUUUCUGAAUUUCAAAGCCCAACCGAGUCUGUGUAAACUUUUAUCCAUUAAUAUAUUAACCAGAUGUUAACUAUUAUUUGCCUGAUUAUUCUGUGACAUUUUGUAUGUAACUAGAUUCGUAUUUAAUAUAAAGUCUGAUUAGAGGCAUGUUCAUUUAACAUUUGAACAGUACAUAGUAAGUCAGUAGUUUCAUCAAGUGUUAAAUAUAAGAAUAUGCCUGAGAGGUCGACAAACGAUAUAACCACUGGAAGUUAACAAUUUCUGACUUGAAAAAUAAUUAGUUAUUUUGUAUAGCUCGUAUAAAGACUAGUGUAUUGCCAAAUGUAAGCUCGAUAAUACAUUAUAUGUAUUUAUAAAGUGGUUAAACUACAGUAAUUAUU